AGCAGAAUGAAAAAAAGCUGAAAUGUUGACCCCAACAACCAAUAUAAGCUCUAAAUGUAUAACUUUUCUACAAAAUCAUUUUUUUCAGUGUAUAUACAGUAUAAAUAUCCUGCUAACUUGCUCAAAAAGGUGCUUUAGCGUCCAGCCUGCUAUUAUGAAUCUGUUGUAAUGCGCCCCGCACCCACUAGAUGGCGUACUGAGAUAGUCUGCGUUUAGCAACCCAUCAUUUCCUAACGAAGAAGAACAACCGGAAGUCUGAAUACACAACGCUGUAUCGACUCUUCUUUGGAAUCGUUUCAACAAACACACGCCUGACUACUUGGAAAAACAUAUCACAGUUCUUUAAAGUUGCUGGGGCAGAGGACGAUAGUUUCGCCUGGUAAAGUUUCCGCUGGACUCGGGACGACUUCCGGAUUUCAAAACAAAAGUAAAAACCCUGCAGAGGUGUGAUGGACAUCAGCAUCGCCGUCUCGCUCAUCCGAGGCCAGAUGGGCGCGGUGGUUGAGCGGGCCGUCAACGGCGCCGUGGAGACGGUGCUGGCCGAGAUGCUCAAAGUGGUGGGCGUGAAGUUCGAGGAGCUGAAGGCGCAGCUGGCGCACAUGAAGCGGGACGUGGCGGCGCUGCAACGGGAGAAGGCCCUGAAGGAGAAGGAGAACGACAACAUCCGAGCCAAGCUGCGCUACACCGAGCUCAAGCUCAAGUACUACCGGCAGGGGGUGGAGGAGGAGCUGCAGCACAGAGCCUCCAGCAGCUCCUCGCUGGUCCGCGGCCAUCCGUCCAAGCUCUCUCCGGGGCAGACGGCGGGCGCUGGCGUCUCCUCCACUGGGGCGUCGCCGGCAUGCUCCUCUCAGACCUUGGCGGGUGAUGAUCUGGCGGUGAAGAGCAUCCGAGAAUGCACCUCUCCUCAAAGCGUGAGCCAGCACGCCAAGAAAAUGGCGUCCGUUUUUGACCCGUCAGACAGCUUAUUGGCCAUCUCGCUCCCCAUGACCACGGAAGCCCUGGAGAGUCCAGGUCUGCUGUGUGUCACGGAUCGAGACGUUGCUCAGGAGAGCGACUGGAACGUCACCGUGCACGACGGCUUCGUGGGCACGCCUCCCGCACAGGCGCUGACGCAGGAAGUCGCAGAGCAGCAGACGGCUACCGGCCCACCGCAGGCCGACAGCUCGACCGCUCAGGUGAAGAUGGAGACGGAGGAAGAAAAGCAGGUGAUUUGCAUCAAGGAGGAGCCGGAGGAGGAGCAGGAAGUCAUUUCAUGCCUCCUGCUGGACGAUCACAUGGACCGCAGUCACACGGCUCAGUUGGAGAUGUCGGCGACACAGCGGUCGGGACUUGAGGCGUGCCAGAGGAAAUGCUCCUCGGGCUUCAUCUCAGCCGGACCGAGCUCCUAUGUGGCGUCUCAGCCGACCGCCUCGUUGCCCCCCAUCGCUCCCAUACCGCCCGGCAUCCCGCGGGAGAUGGUGCGUGGCCCGUGGACCAAAGACCUCAGCUUGUACGAGGAGUACAAACUGCGGCGGAACGAGCUCCGCCGGCGAAGCCUCAACCGACGGCGAGAACUGGAGAAGACGCUGCCUCAGCCUCUGCUGGCCGACCUGGUACGGGAGCGCAGAGAAAAGACCCGACUGAGGGUGGCCAGAUGGAGGGCGAAGAGGAAACUGCAGGCGUGUCUCAACCAGGUUCAGACGCAGGGUGGCGCCGUCGCUCUCUCCCAGACCGCUUUCCCUGUCGGUGGUCCUUCGCAGCGCAGAGAUCCUCGCGCGGCCACCUCCCGCAACAACAACAACAACAACGUGGUCGUCUCGGCGGUCCCGACCUUCCCCUUCGUCACGCCGGCGGCACCCUCGCUGCUCCUGAGGGCCCCCGAUGGCGCCCAGGUCAAUCAUCAGCACGCCGUGAUGCCGUCAUCUUCCGCCCCCGCCUCCUACCCGCAGGUCGGCCUCGCGCAGCAGGACGCCAACCCCGCCCCCCAGUUUUAGCGGCCCCUUGUGAGACUCCGGGCUGGAUUUCAUUUUCGUGAUUUGAAAUAUGAUGGAAAAAAAAACGUGAUUUGGUUAUAACUUUAUUUAGGAUGCUUAUCAUUGCAGACAAGGAAAUGGAACAUGCUUGGCUUCCUGUUGAGGUGUGCGCUGGUUACACAUGUUACACGUGUUAAGAAAUGUUUAACAGCCAGGUCAUAGGUUCCCUUCCCCAACGCUGCAGUAAUCCCUUGCCAAUUGGCGCUUCCAAUUUUGCAUCUUUACCAAAAAUAUAUGAAUGAAUAAAUCAUGCCGUGUCAUGGUUGAAUAUGGUCUAUUAUUGCUCAAAAAUAUGUAUGUUACCCAUUUUUGGCUUUAAUGAAGUAUUUCCAAUGAAGUAAAAUCCAAAUAUAAAUCAUGUUACAUUGAUGUGAUGUUUUCUAAAAAUGUUUUUAAAUUUAGCCACCACAGGAAGUACUGGAAGUAAACAAAAAAAAAAAAAUUCCCAACAUGUGAGUCUUAUUUUAUGUCUUCUAUAUUGGAUAAUAGGAGUGUAAAUGUGACUAUAGGGGUGUUAUUUCAUGUCUAGAGGGCUCUAAUAAUUAUAAAGCAUAUUGCAAAUGUGGUAAACAGCUUUUCUAUGCUGUAACUUUAAGAUUAAGAAGGAUUACUGUAUUCACUUACUACUAUUACUACACACCCAGUGUACUAUCAACACUAGUAGUAACACUACAUCUGAAUACUAAACAUCCUGGGUGUUGGAUCCCAGAACUUUAUAAUAAACUUUGUAUGAGAACUUUGUAUGAAAUUCUCACUUUUGUUUUAUUAAUUUAAUUAAAAUGUGUCUUGACAUUAUUGACGCUACUAAUGUUAACGUCAUGAAUGAAAUAAAUGAGUUACCGCAGUUAACGGGCUAUUUUUGACAGUCCCGAUUUAAAGACAGAGCUUUGUUUUAUUAUUAUUAUCACCAUUUCAGCGUCUUUACAUAUUUCUCACAUUUUUAAUGGGUAUUUUUUGGCAAUGAAAAACACAGUGGGGGCCACAAAUGGUCCCUCAGGCUGCACCUUGGACACCCCUGAUAUUCACUAUGCUACUGCAAUAUUUAUCUUGGGCUUUUAUAUCCUUUAAAUAUGGAGGACCAAAACUGCCAAAAUAAUAAAUAAAUAAAAGUGAAAAUAAAAACAAAAAUGAAAAAAAAAAUUAAAUACAAAAAAAUAAAUAUAAAUGGAAAUAAAAACAAAAAUAAAAAAAAUAUAUACAUAACAGUUCAACCCAAGACACGCUUAGGACCGCCCCCUCAUUUGAAUAGUUUUUCCUUCUGCAUUUCAAGCUGACAUUGUCUGCAGCAUGAAAUAAAUACAUAUGAGAGCAG